CUUUUUGCCUUGGUGUCCAGGAGUACGCCCUAGGAGUGUUACGUCCAAGACUUGCGUGAAACACGUUAAACCAUCGUUUUUUUGUCGCUUCUGGGGACCACAGAAAGCGGGAAAAGACCGGGGAGAGAAGGCGGCACCUACGCGACGGCCUCGCAGCGGGAGUCUCUUCGUCGGAUCCAUCGGGAUCAGAAUGGAGAGAAACGAUAGAGUGUCUUAGCUGCUUCCUCGUGCUUUCUACUUUUUGUUCUCUACCUUUCUUCGCCGUCGCGCUUCCCGUCUUCUUUUUCGCGUCUGCGGUCUAGACUGCCACGCUUGUCUGAGGCGCGAAACCAGCUCGCAGGGUGAGCUAGGCGCUCUGCCUAUCCGCGAGAACCGUUCUUCUCCGUUCAGCGCAGCACUGUCUUCGCCGCGUCCCCCAGCCUUUUUCCGCUCGCUUUUUGUCCACUCCCGCAUCUUCACUCGUCACUUUGUGCGCCCUACCUUUUCUGUGACUACCUGAAGGUGAGACGCUGUACCCCAGCUCUCCCCGUGGUUUGCGAGGUUCGAAGGAGCCCCUGUUGCGGGGAAUUUCCCUUGAAACUGGCGGACGAGAAACCAGAGGGUUUCUUUGUCUCGCUUUUAGACGGCAGCUGCUUCUCGUUCCUUUUACCACAUGUUUUCCUGACUUUUUGCCUCUCUGGAAGACUUCACCAGGCGCCCUAGGGGUGAGUUGCUCCCCAGGGCGUCACUGGACCGAGGGAUCUUGUCCCCCUCGAGUCUCGCCUUUUCUACUUCAUUUAGUUUUGGACACCAAAAAACUCCUGUGUCUGCCAUGAGGUAGUUCGUGUGCCACCCAGGGGAACCUUGCAACCUCUGCCUUCGGAGUGUCUCGUUUGAUGUCGAAGGCGGGUGAGUAUCCGGAAACCUUUUUGUUUUAAGAUUUGCUCGUUGCAGAAACCUGAUUUCCCUGGUUGACCUCUGGCCUCCAUAGCAGCUGCUCCACGGUUCACUGCUUCGCUCGGUAGCCCCUGCUGCCCGCAUUUUUUUUCGUUUCUCGACUCUGCACAUUUGCACCACUAUCUCUGUCGAUAUACCGUCUUUCCAGAGUUUUUUCUUCGCCACCGAUCCCCUUCCCGUUCGUCUGCGGCUCUCGGUUCCGUUGGUUCCCCUGUGUGUCUCUGUUUCCGUGUCUGCGUUGCCUUUUCGGCGACCUGUCUCAGCUUCGAGAGGGGCGGUUCUUUCGUCCCUGCCUGGGGGUUUCUGCGGACGAGACCCCCGCAACUUCUCAGGUGGAAAUCGACGCGAUGGACGACAAGGCGCCUCGGAAAGCAAGGCGAGGGAUGCUCCCUCUAGCUGGUUACGCCUCAUCUCCCGCUUUGAGCCACCUCCAUUCGAUCGAACACUCUUCUGCCGGCAGGACGGGCUGCUCAUGGUUCACGCGCUGUCUCACUGCCUGGCGGGCGAAACGCCAAAUGGUUUUUCUGGCUUGCUGCGCCGUCAUUUCGUGUCUCUCUCCCCUGCGUCUGAUGAGCGACCUCUCUCAGUUCCCGUGGUCUGUUUUGCAAGUGGCUGCGGCCCCUCUGGAAAGAGAGGUGGCUGCGCCUGCGGCACGUGGCGGAGGCGCUUCGCAGGGCGCUUCCAAGGCGCAUCCAGUGCUGCGGUUUUCGGAGGCGGAUUUGCGACAAGUUGACGAUGGCUUCGAACGCCACCAGAACCUGUACCCUACGUUUCUCCACGGUCGCUCGAAACAGAAGUCACUCGUGAUUUACCGAACCAUCUCGACGGCAGCCACGUCGGAGCCUUACAUCGUCCAGAGAGACCUUUUAAUUGACGGCUUUCUUCUGCAGCAGGCGAUUUUGCAGGGGGGUUCGUCCCCGCGUUUUCUUCUGGUCAUUGACUUGGCGCCGAUCAGUUCCUUCAUCAAGGCGUCGUUAGGUCCGGCGGCAGUGGCGACUUUGCACAAGGAGCCGGGUUCGCCGCUGCUGGGUUUCGUCAACUCUGCCCAUUGGCAGCGCCUGCGAAGUUUGUUCUUCGUACCGUCUCGGUGUGAAGGCGUGGUGCUGCUGAACGCGCCGGCGAUCGUGCUGCAACUGCUCUCGGUCUUUGAUCACUUUCUGUUCCACCCGAACCGGAACAUGGGUACGGGGCGCGGGAACCCGUCUAGUGCUCAUGCAAUCGAGGCGGCGCUCGCGAGCAACAAGGGCGGUCGCUUUCUGCUCCAGGGAUCGCUGGACACCUCCGCGCUCUGCGACUUCGUCGAUCCCGCAGAAAUUCCGGCGGAGUACGCGUACGCCUGCACGGCAGGUGCGGAGGAGGCGGAGAGCGGGAAGUCGAAGCUCGGUGAGGCUCCCGAAACACAUGUCUUUUUCCAGUCGCUCUUCAGCCUCGCGAAGAGGCUCCACGGGAACCUUGAGAAAGCCAAGAGACGAAAUCCGACGCUCUUCGACCUCUCCCUCAAAGCCUCCGCGGCAGGGAUCAAAACUGCGUUGUCGUUCGGGCCGGCGCUCCUCGGCGACGACCCCUCCGAGUCGACCUCGUCUGCCGACAGCAAGGAUGUGGCGAAGACGCGGGGCGCUCGCGAGAAGGAGCUCAAGCUGCCGCGCUCCAAGACCCGCGGAGUGUCUUCGAAGGCUCGCGCGCCCGCGCGCGGGGUACCCGCGGAGCCUAGCAGGGGUGAGACUUCCGCGCAUGCCGGCGGUGCGAAGCGGCGCAAACGCUCCUCGCAGAUUGGACCCGAGGCCUCAGAAGCGGAGGCCGCGUCAGGCCGCGACGGUGUCGCCGAACACGCUGCGCCGUCGGUCCCUGCGCAGGAGAGCGGGGACAGUGAAGAAUUUGCGGUGCAGGUGGAGAGUCCGUUUUUCGCGCCCUCCGGCCCCGAGAGCGUGCCUGCGGAGGCCGCGUGGGGCGUCGACCCCACCAGAGGCGCGUGGGGUGAGGUGGAGCCGACCGCGCAGGUCGCGCUGACUCGCGGCUUCUUCGUCAACGAGGAAGAAGCUCAGGCCGUCGGAUCCGCUUUCGAUGAUGUUGACUAAACACCGGUGGGGAAAAGGUGAAGACACGGAAAAAAGAAGAGAAAUAAUGAAGGAAAAUGGGGAAAAAGGGUCAAACGAGAGGGUGAAAACAGGGAAGAACCCGCAAACACUACGAGCGACAGGGCGGGAAGAAGAGUGCAGCUUGCUUGGGUGAGUGGACAGGGAGAGAAACUCAUACUUUGGUAAACGCUGAAUAGUGACACGCAGGUUACUUGGCUUGUUCCACCGGACGGUUGCGAGGGAGAGAGGGAGUAGACACACAGAGAAGGGCGUAGGAAAACGAUUUCGACAGUGUUCACUUCCAGUCCCCAACAGGGAGUCGCGGACGUGGCAUGAGGCUAGCCACGACAAGACCGGUGGCCAAGGUCGUGGCAGCUUUGCCUUACUCAUCUGGAGGCGUUCUUCAUAAACCACCCGUUCCUCUGUUUCGCGUAGUGCGCGAGGAGCGGGGAGAGAAGGGAGAGCGAACGAAAGACGGCGGGAAAGUGGAGGAAGACAGAUGAGAAACUGGGGGACGGCAGUGAACAGAAACCCUGCGAGACCCGGAAGGUCGAACGCGGAAGAAACUGGAAAAUAGGAUCAGGGAUUCCGAGGAAGAAUCAAUGGCCAUUCGCCGAAAGAAGUUGACGGAAACAUCAAACCCUCAUAUGGUCGCAGGAAGAGAAAGGAAAAAGAGCGUUCGGGUGCAGCAGGACCGUUUCGAAGACCAUGCGUAGCGGAGAAAGCCAGUGUCAAGUGUCGACGUCUUUGUCGACAUCUUCAUUUGUUUCGAGCUACGUCGAGGCUGUGCGUGCUUUUCGUCUUGCCCCAAUGCCGUCAUUGUUUUCGUUUUUGAGAAUGCGAUGUGAAGACGCCUCUCUGCGCAAGAUUAGGGGCCUCUAGUGAGUCUGCCGUCUGCCUCCAGACUUUGCUCUGCGUGCCGCUGCGAGUUCGUCGGGAAAACCUUGCUCGCUUCCACGCUGCCAGUUAGGCACACCUUUGCUGUGAUUCGAGAAGGGGACGUGCAUGCGUGCAUCGGGUGCAAGCGGCUUGUCUCUCAUUCUCCCUGAGGUUGCUCUGCGUACGAACGUGACGAGGCAGGUUUUUUCUAUGGAGCAACUCGAGAAAGAACUCGUUCUAGAACGAGCUCGCGCUGCAUUUCCCGUGUGCGUACGGCGCGGGACCCAGCGAGUCAAAAACCUGCAGUGUGUCGGCAGGUUAGCAGGGUUUAAAAUAGCAAGAUAACUCCUCGUCCGUUUCGGUUCAGGUCGUCUCCCGCUCAUUUUUGGAGCGCGGGCUCGGCGUGGUCGUGCGUGCGCUCCAUGGUUGCCGCGGGGUGUUGGCUCCGCCGUUAACAAAAGAGAAUUUUUGGAUGGGGAGCCGCUCCAGAAAAUGCGUUCUGGAGACUUUAGAUCUCUAGUGGUUUCGCUUUCCAAACGGGAUGUAGACUCAAGGACAGUGGUCUUUGGGUGGACCUUUGCAUCAGCAAGCUUCGCGCCACAGUGUGCUCGGACGGCAGUCUGUCUGCUUAGGCGCCUUCGGUCCCGCCAAACUCGCAUGCGCCCGUUUUGGCACAUGUCGGUUUGGGAACAUGUCCAUGCUGGCAUGUGCGCACUUUGGGAUAUGUUCGUUUUGGGAUAUUUCCGUGUGGGCGACAUAUUCAUUUUGGGAUAUGUCGGUUUAGUUGGGCGCCGUUGCGGUGUCUUUGCCAGGCGCUGCUUCUUGUGCUGUCUGACAGAGACUCGUUUCCAUGUGUUGCACGCUCGCCUGUUGUUUCUACAGCUGAAGGUGAUUUCGUCGUUGGCGCGGUACCGUUCCUGUUGUCUUUCCUGGACGGCUGCGUGUGGACAGAGAGCUGUGAAACCAUUUGUUGGUCGUGCGUCGAGCCGGCGCACUCUAUUUCGUGUUGUGCACAGCUGAUGCUUUGUGUUUCGAGUUGUCCAUUUCUUAGGCGUCCGCCAGCCGGCGACGAAGCACACAACUUGGUCCUUUAUUCGCUCUGUUGCACAUCUUUUUCAAUUGUUCUGUCUUCUGGGCCCCGGGUCUUCUCCGCGACCCGCAACAGUUCCUUUGUGUUGGGUCAAAAUCGCUGGAGCCGAGUGCGCAAAUAAAACACUGAGAUGCUGUGGAGCUCUGCCUGCUUUCUCGACGCGCAACUCGCGGCAGUCCUUCUCCUGAACGCUUAGGAAACCAAACACAAAAUGUCAUCGGUUCCCCCACUUUUAUAUCUACACUCACUUAGCCCACGAAACUUGUGACAGCAGUUGAAAUGCCUACGCGCGCGAGAUGGCACGCUGUUGACAGCAGGCGUUUCUGCCGUCAAGGCGUGUCAAAAAUGUAUUCAAAUCAUGUCACAUGUGGAUCAGCUACGCCUUGAAGAAAAAGCUGCUGAUCGAAGUCUCGCCAUACGCUGCCCGUACUGACGCACAUCUUUGGGACCAAUGAUGCGACCGGUGCUUCCGCCUUCCAAGUGAGACCGAGACUUUGCGAACCAAAACGACUCCUGGUGAUGAAGAUAAGAGACCGCGUUAGCUCUUUGAGUAACAGGCGUGAAAAGCGUUCCGCCAGUUUACUAAUGUGCCAGGC